GAAACGAGCACACACACACACACACACACACACACACACACUAACUCACUCCUUUCUCUUUUCAAAAGCCCCUUGUGAGGCAGAUUGACAGGCUAGAAUGAAAAUGAGGCGGACGCUCGGUCGCGACUCCAGUGCGUACGCGUCCCUUUGAGCAGACCUCCACACUUGGAUCAUAUCACCAUGGGACCUAUUUGGGCUGCGAGGGACUUUUGUUUGUUUUUGCUCUUGUUAAAUAGUCGCCAAAGCGCAACGCAGCUUCCAGAGACUCGAGCAGAUCCGUGUGCAGAGGGAAGCGAUGGCUGUCACAUUGAUGCCAUUUGUCAGACAACGCAGGGCUCCUACAAGUGCACGUGCAAAACAGGCUUUAGAGGAGAUGGGAAACACUGUGAAGACGCCGACGAGUGCGACCUGGAGCACAACGGCGGCUGUGUGCACGAGUGCAACAACAUCCCCGGCAAUUACCGCUGCACUUGUUAUGACGGCUUCAAUUUGGCACACGACGGACACAACUGCCUGGAUGUGGACGAGUGCGAGUUCAACAACGGAGGCUGCCAGCACACUUGUGUCAACACCAUGGGCAGCUACGAGUGCCGCUGCAAGGACAGCUUCUUCCUCAGCGACAACCAGCACACGUGCAUCCACCGCUCAGUGGAGGGCCUCAACUGUAUGAAUAAGGAGCACGGCUGCGCCCACAUCUGCAAAGAGACGCCCAAAGGGGGCGUGGCCUGCGAGUGCCGCCCAGGGUUCGAGUUGGCCAGGAACCAGAAAGGCUGCACCUUGACCUGUAACCAUGGCAACGGAGGCUGCCAGCACACCUGCGAGGAUACGGAGAACGGGCCCAUCUGCAGGUGUCACGUCAGGUACACGCUGCAGCCUGACAAGAGGUCAUGUGUAGAACGCGACGAAGCCACCGCCGAGUCCUCGGACCACAACGUCACGUCCUUCGCCGAGGUGGACAAGCGGGUCAAGCGGAGACUGCUCAUGGAAACCUGCGCGGUGAACAAUGGGGGGUGCGACUGCACCUGUAAAGACACAUCCACGGGCGUGCGCUGCAGCUGCCCCAUCGGCUUCACGCUGCAGCCGGAUGCAAAGACAUGCAAAGAUAUCGACGAGUGUGAACACAACAACGGCGGAUGCGAACACUUCUGCAGGAACACCAUCGGCAGCUUUGAGUGCAACUGCAGGAAAGGCUUCAAGCUGCUCGCAGACGAACGUUCUUGUCAAGAUAUAGACGAGUGUUUCUUCGAGCGGACGUGUGAUCACACGUGUGUGAACUUCCCCGGUGGUUUUCAGUGUCUGUGCAACAAAGGCUACACCAUGUAUGGACUGGCCCACUGUGGAGAUAUUAAUGAAUGCAGUGUGAACAAUGGCGGUUGUGAUCAGGGUUGUGAGAACGCCAUGGGUGGAUUUGAGUGCUUCUGCCAUCCCGGCUAUAAACUGCACUGGAACAGGAAGGACUGCAUUGAGGCUGAGGGGUCAUCACCUGCGAAACCGCCCUCUAAACCCACCCUGAACUGCAGUAAGCAGGAGGGAGGCGACCGCUGCUUCCUCACAUGCCAGUCCCAGGUUCAUAUCAGCAGUGGGACAGAGGAUUCCUACACGGUGACCUGUGGAAUGCCUCUGCCCUGCUUGGCUGAUGCAGAGAAGAACAACAGUGGCUUGUAUUGCUUAGGUCCAGAGACGGCCGGCGCUCCUCGCAUUAAGACGACAGCCACGUUCAGGUCUGGCACUGCCAAGUGCAACUUAAAACGGAGUCAGGAGAAACUCAAGGAGAGCUUAAACGCCGCACACUUAGAGAGUCGCUUCCUCUUCACCGAGAACGUCCAGUUCAGCUACGUGAGCCUGCGCUGCACGUCGUCCGGCCAGCGGACGCGCAGCCGCCACGGCAGGAGAGCCGGAGACGACGACGGCUCCCUGAUUACAGCUGAGUUUGAGCUGGAUGUGAACCUAGAGGAGGUAACAGCAGAGAGCUGUGACCUGAACUGUGUGCGCCGACGCUCAGAGAAGAGGCUCAGGAAAACCAUCCGGACCCUGAGGAAGUCCAUCAACCGAGAGCAGUUCCAUCUCCACUUUGCCGGGUCGGACUAUGAACUGUCCAAGAAUCCAGAGCCACCAGCAGAACUGGCAGGACACUGUGCAGGGGGACAGGUGCUGAUGGGCAGGAAGUGUGUGAGGUGCACUGUCGGCACACACUAUGACGCGGACCAGGCUCGGUGUGUGCUGUGUCCAGCUGGGACGUAUCAGGACGAGGAGGGACAGACGUCCUGUGAAGUCUGUCCUGGACCUGAAGGAAGAGACGUUUCCAAGACCGUUGGUGCUCGGAACAUGUCAGAGUGUGGAGGUCAGUGCUCUCCGGGUCAGUACUCUCAUGACGGCUUCAUGCCCUGCCUGCCCUGUCCACUGGGAUCGUACCAGCCCGAGGUGGGCCGCACCACCUGCUUCCCCUGUGGAGGGAACCUGGUGACCAAGCGCAGUGGUGCUGUUACCUUCCAGGAGUGUGAGACCAAAGUCCACUGCUCACCAGGCCAUUAUUACAACACCAGCACACACCGCUGCAUCCGCUGUCCGAUGGGCACGUUCCAAGGCGAGUUUGGUCAGAACUACUGUGUGUCCUGUCCCGGAAACACCACCACCGACUUUGACGGCUCAACGAACAUCAUGCAGUGCAAAAACCGGCAAUGCGGAGGCGAGCUGGGAGAUUUUACCGGCUUUAUCGAGUCCCCCAACUACCCAGGCAACUAUCCGGCUAAUAUCGAAUGCACUUGGACCAUCAACCCGCCGCCUAAACGCAGGAUUCUCAUCGUCGUCCCAGAAAUCUUCCUGCCCAUUGAAGACGAGUGUGGAGACUACUUAGUAAUGAGGAAAAGCUCUCUGUCCAACUCCGUGACAACCUACGAGACCUGUCAGACAUAUGAACGUCCCAUCGCUUUCACCUCGCGCUCCAAGCGGCUGUGGAUACAGUUCAGGUCCAACGAGGGCAACAGUGGGAAAGGCUUCCAGGUCCCAUAUGUGACAUAUGACGAGGAUUACCAAGAAUUGAUCGAAGACAUAGUGAGAGAUGGGAGAUUAUAUGCUUCAGAGAAUCACCAGGAAAUUCUCAAGGACAAGAAGCUCAUGAAGGCGUUGUUCGAUGUCCUGGCUCACCCGCAGAACUUUUUCAACUACACAGCUCAAGAAUCGAGAGAAAUGUUUCCCAAAUCCUUCAUCCGCUUCCUGCGCUCCAAGGUCCUGAGAUUCCUUCGCCCCUAGAACAAGAAAAAAAGAUUUUCCGUCAUACGCUUAUACAGAUACUGGUCACAGUAUCUUUUUUUAGCAGUAUCUACUUUUUAUUCUCAACUUCUCCCUUUAAAAGUAUUCUGUAGUCACCUGUUUAUACGAGAGGGGAGCACACACUUGAUCCUGAGGGCGAAGAAGAAAAGACAAGACAACCAAGUGAACUCUUAACUGGAGCUUUAAGGAGGUGAUGAUCAAAUCAAAAGGAAGAUGUCUUCCUUUUGUUUGGAAAUUUCGGAAAUUGGAACAUUUCAACGACUUCACACCAACGUUUAGUAACUACAAGCCUGUUGAAUAUUGCUAAAUACCGUACGUAAUUAGAAUUUGAAAAAACAAACAAAUAUGGUUGCUUAACAGAUGUACAGUUGUACACUGACAGUCAGUGAUUCUGAGUUACUGACAGUAACAGAGACAAAUAUAGCACAAAUGUUUUCUUGAAACAAGAUUAGCACUACGAGAGACGUAGUGGCGCCACAAAAGCAAUUAUUCUGAUGGAUCUUUUGUAUAUGAUGUAAAAAGUUUUUAGGUGAAAUGCUAAUGUGAUGUAGCAACUACAUUUUGAGCGUUUGUACGGCGCCGGUGCAGCUGCUGGUGGCACAUACUUCUGAUGUCCCGUGGACUGUGAAUGAGCAGCACUGUUCUGAAAAACCUCGUCAACAGUGGCUUUUUUCCACUCACGAGACGUCGUCUGCUUCAGCAUAAUGACAACAGUAUAGCAUCGGUGCAUUUUGUAUUAUGGACUAGCAACCAAAGACAACUGCUCACUCUGCAGAUCGUCAGCGUGACUGAAUGAAAUAAAAAGGAAAGAGAGCGUUAAAAAAAAAAGAAACAAAAAGUCAUGUAAAAUAGAAUUGAGCUGUUCACCUGUCUUAGAUGAUACACGUAUGUAUAUUUUUUUAAGGUUUUGUACAUCUAAUAUGCUGUAAAUAAAGAUAGGAAACUUAUUUUAUGUUA